AUGCUGAAUACGUGGGUGUCAUUCAAGGUGUUUAUUACUUCCAAUCGCAUUACAGAAGUGAUGACUGAAUCGUUGCAACACCAACAAAUUGAGUUGUCGCCAGAAUUACAGGAAAUAAAUUUUAAUUACAGCGUUUUAUGGUUUCGUGCAUCUGACAGUGUUGCUAUGAUUCCUACAAAAGGUGAAUCCUUCGAUUCAGAAGAGGUACAAAGAAAGCGUUUUUAUGUUAUAAAUUCGCUUCUUUUAGUUGUUCUUCUAUCUGGAGUUGUGCUCUUCAUUCUUGCAAAAACACUGUCGCGUGACUUUCAACUGUAUGGAGUUUUAGAGGAAGAGAUGGAGGAAGUAGAAAGUGGAUGGAAACGACUUCAUGCAGAUGUUUUUCGUUUUCCUAAGAAGCAAUUCCUAUUUUGUGCUAUAACGGGUUGUGGGUUCCAUAUAUUGCUUGUCGCUUUUCUGAUCUUUGUGCUUUUUUGCAUUACUCAUCUUACUGAGGAAAUGAACACAAUUAUUAAUUCUGUGUUGUGGGUUUUUGAGAUUUCAGUUCCUGUUUGUGGUUUCAUGAGUGCAUCCCUUUACAGAAAAUUUGAAGGGGAAAACACCUUUAGGAAUACGCUGCUUACUUAUUGUUUGCUCACUUUACCAUUUUUUUUCGUAUGUCUCACAAUCAAUUUGGCUGCUUCAAAACACCAUGUCACCUACGCAAUUUCUUGGGGCACUUUUUUCACUUAUUCUCUGUUGUUUAUGGGGACCACAUUUCCUCUUAACUUGUUUGGCGCAAACGUUGGGAAACGCUUUAGUGGUCCAUUUGAUGCACCCACCCGAACAAAAAUCAUUCCCCGAGCGAUUCCUUCUUUACCAUGGUAUCGACGAACCCUAACCCACCUGAUUGUUGGCGGACUACUUCCUUUUAUGGCAAUAUACAUCGAACUUUAUUUUACACUCGCUCGAUUGUGGGGUACUCAGUCGCCCACUCCAUUUACCGUUUAUUUCAUGAUGUAUAUUGUUUUGAUUGUUGUGACAGCAAGUGUAAAUGUUGCGUUAACCUAUGAUACUCUUAGCGCGGAAAAUCACAAUUGGUGGUGGCCUUCCGCACUUUGUGGAGGCUCCGCUGCUGUAUUUGUGUUCCUCUACUGUGUGGUUUUUCUUUUUACACGAACGCAAAUACGUGAGGGAUUCCAUCUCGUGAUGUACUUUGGCUACACUUUUUUCCUUUGCCACUGCAUUUUUCUGACGAUGGCCACUGUGGGAUUUUAUGCAUCACUUCUUUUCGUGAAGCAAAUAUACCGCUAUAUCAAGAGCGACUAG